GAGAGAGAGAGAGAGAGAGAGAGAGAGAGAGAGAGGAGGGGGAGAGAGAGAGAGAGAGAGAUUUUAGUUCUUUCCUUCCACCCAGCGCCGAACCUCAGAACACACAGACACACACACACACACAGAGACACUACGCAGGUGCUGAUGUCUGCCAAUCGUCCUCACGUCUCCAGAUCAGACUCUAAUGAUGAAGAUCAGAUGAUGGAGUAUUUCACACAACAGAUGCUCUUUCUGCAGGAGAAAGCUAUGCUGCAGGCGUCAGUAAGAGAAGAGAAGAAACUAUUGGUUGAAAAUGCAAAGCUGAAGAAAGACAUCGAUGAUCUGAAGAACGUCCUGCACGAUACACAGAGGAGAAAAGCAGCAAAGCUGCGACAGGAGCGAGUUCUCACGGCAUCAAUCGUAUCUAAAACAGACCUGCUGGGUGAAACUCCUCUCUUGUCCAAAACGACUCCAUCAGAGACGACAACCACACAAACACGUCAUGAAGGGAGACGCAGGAGAGAGAGGAGAGGAGCUGCUGUGGACCAUGAGCUUCUCAACUCUUCUAAUUCUGCAAGCGUUCUCAUGCGAGAACAGAAACCUGAUGUUUCCCGUCUGGAUCUGCGGGUCGGACGAGUUCUAGCAGUCCGGAAACAUCCAGACUCGCCGUCAUUGGUCAUCCAGGAGGUGGAGUUAGGAGAACACGCGCCCAGAACCGUGGUCAGCGCACAGAGCGUUCACGUGACACCAGAACAGCUGGUUGGCAGUCUGGUGGUAUUGUUGUGUAACGUGCGGUCAUUGAAGGUACGAGGGGUUCAGUCUCAGGCCCGCCUCCUCUGUGCUGUCAAUCAAGAGAGGACAGAACCCUUAACCCCUCCCACUGGAGCUCAACCCGGUGACAGAAUCACGUUUCAAAACUACCCUGGUGAACCUGAGAAAGAGUUAAAUCCCAAACGCAGAAUCUGGGAGCAUUUACUGCCUGACCUGCACACAGACGCAAAGGGCGUGGCCACAUAUAAGGGCGUGGCAUUUGAAGUUCGUGGGAAGGGCCUCUGCCGGGCCCAGGGCAUCAGCAAUGGUGAAAUCAAAUAAAGGACAAAAUUAAACA